AUGCUCCCCGAAACCCCGUUCGGACGUGUUUCUUCGUCCCAUCAGCAUCGGCGUCGGUCGAUCGACUUCCCCAGGAUUUCUUGGGCUGGACCCCCUCCAGAUACGAUCUACGCCGGUAUAGCUGUCAUGAAAACGGAGGAUGGCUCUGAGGCCGUUGCCAUUGCUAUACGAGACACUACGUACCUUCUCGACUUCCUUGAACACAAAUUUACUGCGAAAGACUGCGAACAUCACCACUCCGCUAUUUCCGACUACAUAAUUGAAAAACUCAAGUCCUUCAGCGAACUCCAUCAAGAAAAAUUCGUUGGAGCAGCGUUGACAAAAUAUCUCGCCGAAAAAUGCCCAACCCUCUGCUCCCAGCUUUGGGCGGAAAUGGAUAUAGUUCCAUUGGUUUUACCCGAGGAAAAACGGGUCGAGACUGACGAAACUGGCGAAGAUCUCGGCCACUCUACAGGCUGGGAAACCAGACAGGUCGAUGAACAAGCGGAAUCCAUGGGCCGAAAAUGCGUCAGGCUCUUCGGCCCUGAGAAUAUCCCAUUGCUCCAAGUCGGCUUGCAAGGUUUGGUCGAGGUCGAUACUGCCUUCCACGUGCGCCUUACUGUCCUGGAGGAUUUUAAGAAAACGGUCGGUCACAAUACUUGGGCCUCUGUCCUGCAUUACGCCUCGGAUCUCAAGAAGAGAAAGGUCAAGAUCGCGUUUUUCAGUGCCACUCCCCAAGGGGGAGGCGUUGCGUUGAUGAGACACGCGCUGGUAAGAUUCUCCAAAUCGCUCGGAACGGAUAUCAAAUGGUACGUGCCAAAACCACGUCCGGGGGUAUUCCGUAUCACGAAGACAAAUCACAAUAUUCUACAGGGUGUGGCGGAUCCAGAGGAUCGUCUGACGCCGGAAGGUCAAAAAAUGAUGGACGACUGGAUACAAGAUAGCGCAAAGAGAUACUGGCUUUGCCCCGGGGGUCCAUUGCGGUCGCCGGCCGAAGGAGGUGCCGAUGUAAUUAUCAUAGAUGAUCCCCAGAUGCCGGGAUUGAUCCCGAUUGCGAAGAACGCUGCCCCCGACAGACCCGUGAUCUUCCGCAGUCACAUCCAGGUGCGCAGUGAUCUGAUCGCCACCCCCGGCACACCACAAGCGGAUGCGUGGAACUGGCUCUGGGCCAGAAUCCAACAAUCGGAUGUUUUCCUCAGCCAUCCGGUCCAGGACUUUGUCCCUCACAAUGUCCCUGCCGAGAUGGUUGGCUAUAUGCCUGCGGCCACGGAUUGGUUGGAUGGACUAAACAAGAACAUGCGUGACGCUGAUAUUGCAUAUUACGGCCGCGUAUUCAACGUCGCAUGCCGAAACGCCGGGAUGCCCCCCAUCGAAUAUCCAAACGAUCAGUAUAUCAUCCAGGUGGCCCGCUUUGAUCCGUCUAAAGGAAUCUUCGAUGUAUUGGAGUCCUUUGAAAAAUUCCACAAGCGACUGACCGCUGAAUUCCCUGACCGAAGACCGCCUAAGCUGCUGAUUUGCGGACAUGGUUCCGUGGACGACCCGGACGGAUCUAUGAUCUACGACGCAGUGGUUUCCCACCUGGAAGAAAUGCCACACAUUCGGGAUUUGAUCUGUGUCAUGAGACUACGUCCCUCGGACCAGCUUCUCAACACCCUCCUGUCCAAGGCCAGGGUCGUGUUGCAGCUCUCCACUCGCGAAGGGUUCGAGGUCAAGGUCUCCGAAGCGAUCCACAAGGGCAAGCCCGUCAUCGCAACCAGGGCCGGCGGCAUUCCCUUGCAAGUGGCCGAUAAGGAGAAUGGGUUCCUCGUGGACGUUGGAGACACCGACGCGGUGGCUCAGCAUCUACUGGAUCUGUGGACAGACGAUGUUCUAUACAGUAAGAUGCACCGCUUUGCCCUUGACAACGUCUGCGACGAAGUCAGCACUGUUGGUAACACCCUCAACUGGCUCUACCUUGCGUCGAAGCUUUCCCAGGGCGAGAAAGUGGAGCCGAAUGGUCGCUGGAUCAACGACAUGGCGCGCGAAGACGCCAACCGACCCUAUGAAGAGGGUGAGAGCAAACUCAAGCGAGCCGUGGUGGUAGAGAACAUGGGUUAG